AAAUAGGGAACCAAUAGAGAGGAUUAGAUCACAUGAUUCACCUCAAAGAUCAAACCUUUUCGUGAAGUGAACUGGUCUUUCUAAUCAUCUUUGUUAUCGAUCAAUAGCAUAUUGUCGAUUCAAUUGGCUCUAUCUCAACUCAAUGCAUAUUUUGUUCCCUUUUCUAAUCUGUGUCCUAAAACGAAGUGGGUGACUGGGUGUUGGUGCUGGAUAUUUAAGGGUGUGACUCCUGGUUCGCUUUGGCAGGCUUUGAUCUCUUUUCGGUUGAGAGGGGCGUAGUUCUCGUGCGUUGAUAACUUUUCCUGUGAAGGGUGAGCGGUAGUUUUCGUUUUUGAUCGAUAACAGGAGUGAGUGAGAGAGGAAUUGACAAAGAAGGAGAGAGAGGCAGAGAACGAAGUUAUGGCUCGUAACUUAGAGAAGCUGGCGUCGAUCGACGCUCAGCUUAGGCUCUUGGUUCCUGGGAAGGUCUCCGAAGAUGACAAACUGGUUGAGUACGAUGCGCUGCUUCUGGAUCGCUUCCUCGACAUCCUUCAGGAUUUACAUGGGGAAGAUCUAAAGGAAACGGUUCAAGAGGUUUAUGAGCUUUCUGCUGAGUAUGAACGGAACCAUGAUCCUCAGAAGCUGGAUGAGCUUGGAAAAGUUUUGACAAGUCUGGAUGCAGGGGAUUCCAUUGUUCUUACGAAAGCAUUCUCACACAUGCUUAACUUAGCCAAUCUGGCUGAGGAGGUUCAGAUCGCUUACAGACGGAGAACCAGGCAGAAAAAGGGUGAUUUUCAUGAUGAGAGCAAUGCAACAACUGAAUCAGACAUUGAGGAGACUCUGAAGAGACUUGUUGUGCAGCUAAAGAAGUCUCCAGAAGAAGUCUUCGAUGCCCUGAAGAAUCAGACAGUGGAUUUGGUCCUCACUGCACAUCCUACUCAAUCAGUUCGUAGAUCCUUGCUCCAGAAGCAUGCAAGGAUAAGGAACUGCUUAGCGCAGUUGAAUGCCAAAGACAUUACUCCUGAUGAUAAACAGGAGCUUGAUGAGGCUCUACAGAGAGAGAUUCAAGCUGCAUUUCGUACGGAUGAGAUACGGAGGACUCCUCCAACUCCACAAGAUGAAAUGAGGGCAGGAAUGAGCUACUUCCAUGAGACAAUCUGGAAGGGUAUCCCAAAAUUCCUACGGCGUGUAGACACUGCUUUGAAGAACAUUGGGAUAAAUGAGCGUGUUCCUUACAAUGCCCCUCUCAUUCAGUUCUCUUCUUGGAUGGGUGGGGACCGUGAUGGAAAUCCAAGGGUAACUCCUGAAGUUACAAGGGAUGUAUGCUUAUUGGCAAGAAUGAUGGCUGCUAACUUGUACUAUUCACAGAUAGAGGAUCUUAUGUUUGAGUUGUCCAUGUGGCGUUGCAGUGACGAGCUUCGUGCCCGUGCAGAUCAACUCCAUAGGUCCUCAAAGAAAGAUGCAAAACAUUAUAUAGAAUUCUGGAAACAGGUUCCUCCAAAUGAGCCCUAUCGUGUUAUUCUCAGUGAUGUGAGGGAUAAAUUGUAUAGUACACGUGAACGUUCUCGUCAUUUAUUAGCCAGUGGAAUGUCUGACAUUCCUGAGGAGGCAACUUAUACCAAUAUUGAACAGUUCUUGGAACCUCUUGAGCUCUGUUAUAGAUCACUCUGUGCUUGUGGUGAUCGACCAAUUGCCGAUGGAAGCCUUCUUGAUUUCUUACGGCAAGUCUCUACAUUUGGAUUGUCACUUGUGAGGCUUGAUAUCAGACAAGAAUCAGAUAGGCACACUGAUGUCAUAGAUGCCAUUACAAAACAUUUGGGCAUUGGAUCCUACCGGGAAUGGUCUGAGGACCACCGUCAGGAAUGGCUGUUGUCUGAACUGAGUGGGAAGCGUCCAUUGUUUGGUCCUGAUCUUCCAAAAACUGAAGAAAUUGCUGAUGUGUUGGACACCUUGCAUGUCAUAGCAGAACUGCCUCCAGACAACUUUGGGGCAUACAUCAUCUCAAUGGCAACUGCACCAUCAGAUGUGCUUGCAGUUGAGCUCCUACAGCGUGAAUGCCGUGUUAAGAAGCCACUGAGAGUUGUACCAUUGUUUGAAAAGCUUGGUGAUCUUGAGGCUGCUCCUGCUGCUGUGGCUAGACUCUUCUCAAUAGACUGGUAUAGAAACAGGAUCAAUGGGAAACAGGAAGUUAUGAUCGGGUACUCGGAUUCUGGGAAGGAUGCUGGGCGUCUCUCUGCAGCUUGGCAGUUGUAUAAGACUCAAGAGGAACUAGUAAAGGUUGCAAAACAAUAUGGAGUGAAGCUAACAAUGUUCCAUGGGCGAGGUGGGACUGUUGGAAGGGGAGGUGGUCCUACACACCUUGCUAUAUUAUCUCAGCCACCAGACACAAUUCAUGGGUCUCUCCGCGUGACAGUUCAGGGUGAAGUAAUUGAACAGUCUUUUGGAGAGGAGCACUUGUGUUUUAGAACACUCCAGCGUUUCACAGCUGCUACACUGGAGCAUGGGAUGCACCCCCCAGUCUCACCAAAGCCAGAAUGGCGUGCGCUCAUGGAUGAGAUUGCCAUCCUUGCUACAAAGGAAUACCGUUCGAUUGUCUUCCAGGAGUCCCGAUUUGUAGAAUACUUCCGCCGUGCUACUCCGGAGCUAGAGUACGGUCGUAUGAACAUUGGUAGCCGUCCAUCCAAGCGAAAACCAAGUGGGGGGAUUGAAUCACUCCGUGCAAUCCCAUGGAUAUUUGCAUGGACCCAAACAAGGUUUCAUCUCCCAGUGUGGCUUGGAUUUGGUGCAGCAUUCAAGCAUGCCAUUGGGAAGGACAUCCGGAAUAUCAAUAUGCUGCAGGAGAUGUACAAUAAAUGGCCUUUCUUUAGGGUCACCCUUGAUUUGGUUGAGAUGGUGUUCGCUAAGGGAGACCCUGGCAUCGCUGCUUUGUAUGACAAGCUUCUAGUCUCAGAAGAUCUAUGGCCUUUUGGAGAACGUUUGAGGGCCAAUUAUGAAGAAACCAAGAAACUUCUCCUGAAGGUUGCUGGUCACAAGGAUCUUCUUGAAGGUGAUCCAUACCUGAAACAGAGACUCCGUCUCCGUGAUUCAUACAUCACAACCCUGAAUGUAUGCCAGGCCUAUACGCUGAAGCGUAUCCGUGAGCCAAGCUACGAUGUGAAGGUGAGGCCACACCUGUCAAAGGAGAUCACAGAAUCAAGCAAGCCAGCUAAUGAGCUAGUGAAGUUAAACCCAACUAGUGAAUAUGCUCCUGGCCUGGAGGAUACCCUAAUCUUGACCAUGAAGGGUAUUGCAGCAGGCAUGCAGAACACUGGUUGAUGCAUGGUUGUUUUGUAUUUCUCAUAUAAGGCAUUUUCAUUGAAACAUUGCAAGAGCUACAUCCUGUUUAUCUUUAUAAUAUAGCCCAAAGGGAAGAAGUUGGGCACUCUUUUGGACUGGAGCUUUAGCUGCAGCUGUAUAAUAAAAACAUAGGCAUAACGGCUCAAAUAUUGCCAUAUGAGAAAUAAAACUGAAUGUUUUGCUUUAAUGCAAAUAUAUAUC